AUGGUUCGCUGGAACCGCGACACAUCCAUCACCGGUCGUAUCCAGACUGGUCUCCUCCUCCUUUGUUUCCUCUUGACCGUCCUCCCUUCCUUCGGCCCACCUAUCCAGAACGUCUUUGCGCUCCAGACCUUCAGUUCUACUAAGAUGGGAAACGGCCAAAUCUCCCAGAGAACCAUCUGGGCCGGUCCCUUCGGCUACUGUUCCUCGGACAAGGGCUGCGUCCGCGCUUCGCUCGGCUACGACCUCGCCACCGAGCUCUCCGCCUCUCUGGCAGCCAAGUCGGACUGGGACGAGAAACUUAUCGUUGCCACAAAGUAUUUCAUCGCCAUCCCCAUUUCUGCCGGUAUUGCUUUAAUCGCUUUCAUCAUCUCCUCCAAGGGCGAACACAUCGGCAGUGCGAUCACCUCGGCCGUUCUCGGUGUUUUCGUUAGCAUCUCCUCGGGCAUCGCAACCAUCAUGACUUGGUCCGCCUUCAAAGUCUCCUCGUAUUACUUUGGGGGCGUCAAUGGUGCCCAGUCCCGCAUCGGUCCUGGCGGGAUCAUGCUCCUCAUCGCGACCAUUGUCUCGGGCUUCUGCUGGGUCCUCGGAAUCGUCGAAUGCUACCUUGCCCGAAAGGACAAGAAGCGCCGCAAAAGCCGCCACCGCACCGACCUCGAGUAUGCGCCGGUCUGCACGGCAAAGGAGAAGGGGCAGGAUUCCAGCGCGGAUGUUAGCCUCAUCUCAAACCCCGCCCCCCUCGGUAUCGACCCCCACUACCAGGACCCGUACAACAACAGUCCCAUCCCCGGCGCCUCGCACUAA